AUGGAGUACGAGCGCAUCGAGAAGCCGUCGUUCCCCACUCAGGGCGGAGGCUUCUCGCCGAAGCGGCUGCGCGCGAUGCUGCUGGGCGUGGAGAGGCGGCGCAAGGACGCCGGCGACGACGGCGGGGAGCAGCAGCAGGAGGAGGAGGAGUACGGCGCGGUGCCCAUGGCCUCCGUCAGAUCCGACUCCGACGCGCGCAGAGGAGACACCAUAUCCGAAGAAUACAAGGACGUGGACAUGGUGAGCACCAUGUCAGGAUCAUCGUCCUCAUUAGACACCGGCGGCGGACACCGAUCGCGAGACGCCCACUCUACGGGCUCGAGGUUCAGGGUGCCCGAGGAGGACUCGUGUGACUCCGAGAGCGUGGCGUCCAACUUCGAGUUCCACAAGGAGCGAGGGGCCUCCGCUCGGUCGGCGCCCGCGGCGGCGGUUCCGCCGUUCUCGAAGCACCCGCCGUCGAAGUGGGACGAUGCCCAGAAAUGGAUUGCCAGCCCGACGGCGAACCGGCCUGGUAGGGCCGGUAAUGGAGCUUUCCCGAGGAAGAUGGAGAAGAGUGGUUUUGGCGGUGGGAGGCUUCCGGCGACGAAGGUUGUGCUGGAGGCCAUGGAAGAGAUAGAUACUAAGAGGAUAGACCCGAGCCAAGAGAAGAGGGAGAUAGGGUGGCAGAAAGCGGCGAGCUGGGCCACGCCUGAUCCCUAUCCGGAAGUGGAGCCUUGCGCAAAGUCUACACUUGCAGUGGAAAGUAUGAUAGUUGAUUCAGCUGUUACUCUUAGCUGCGACUCAUCUACCACGCUUCAGAGUGCCACUGCAUGCAUACCACCCCCACCAACAGUCCGGUCAGUAUCGAUGAGGGAUAUGGGUACCGAAAUGACUCCGAUUGCAAGCCAAGAACCAUCCCGUACAGGAACACCGUUGAGAGCAACAAGUCCGGAUUGCUCCCGACCAACUACUCCACGAAGGACAUUGGGUGUCAAUGCUGCCGGUGCUAUUAUCAACCGCGGUGAAUGUAGCAAUGCAGAAUUAAGCGAACAGGAGCUGCAACUGAAGACAAGGAGAGAAAUAAUGCUUCUUGGCACCCAGCUAGGUAAAACCAGCAUCGCAGCGUGGGCGAGUAAGAAGGAAGAGGAAAAGGAUGCAUCACUUUCUCUCAAGAAAGUGUCGUUGGACCAAUCUACACAGAAUGCAACUGAAAUCCGUGCAGCUGCAUGGGAGGAGGCAGAGAAGGCAAAAUACUUAGCAAGGUUUAAACGCGAAGAAAUCAAGAUCCACGCAUGGGAAGAUCACCAGAAAGCAAAAAUUGAAGCUGAAAUGAGGAAAAUCGAGGUCGAUGUGGAGAGGAUGCGAGCCCGUGCGCAGGACAGGCUGAUGAGCAAGCUCGCGUCCACAAGGCAUGCUGCGGACGAGCAGCGAGCUGACGCGGAGUCGAAGAGGGACCGUAGUGCCGCAAGGACGGCAGAGCAGGCAGAGCACAUCAGGAGAACUGGCCGGAUGCCGUCCUCGCUCGGAUGCUGGAACUGGUGCUCGUAGCCGUUGUAGCAAAGCAUGAAAAAACCAAACCAGAGUUUGUUGCUCCUCUCAACUAGUGAAGGAUACGAAUGACCAAACCAGAGUUUGUUGCUCCUCUCAACUAGUGAAGGAUAUGAAUGUGGCUUCGUAGAAUCGUCUUCCCUUUUGAUCGGUUCAGUAGAUAUGUUGACAAGAGAACAGAUCACCCGUAAGUUGUAACUAUGUAUAUGUAAGAUGUGAGCUUUAUUGCCUUGUGUUUUUUA